AUGGAAGCAACGGCAAUAAUCAGUGAAAUAGAUAUUACGGAACAAGACAACUCUUUAGAAUCCACGAAACUAUCCGAUAAAACGGAGAGCGAUGAGAAUUCGUUAGCACAAAUCGGAAAAUACGAAGACCAAAAUAGUGAAUCAAAUUUUGGAGGCGAUUUGUCUUGUGUCGCCCAAAUACCAAUUAACGAAGAUAUGAAAACCGCCAAAAGCGUCGAAGAUGUUUCAUCGUUGAAUAAUGAAAAUUGCGAAGACCAUGAAAUGUUUUCUGAAUCAAACUCUAAAAAGGAACUCACCCUAGAAUCGGAGACAUCUAAUGAAACUAUCAAAAGUGUGCCAGAAUUUCAAUUUGCUGAACACGAUUUGUCCAACGAAUCGAAUAGAUCGACAAACAGAACAGAAAAUUCUGAGACAAAGUCGGAAAAUGUUUUACAUGAAGACUUGCAUGUCAUGUCAAGAAAUUUUAAUGAAUUGACAGAAAUGGAAGUACAAAACGAACAGACAGAAGCGGCAAGUCUGAAAACGCUAAAGCCGGAGUCAGGGACAAAGACGGCAGAAAGAUUAAACAAAAAGUUUACAAUUCUGCACGAGGACGAGUUUUCGGACAGCGAAAAGGACUCCGUGGAUAUCUCGAUGGUUUCGUUGUUGCGAAGCACGAUUGGCGAGUUGGAACGCGCUUUGCGAGAUUCACGCAUGUUAAUCAAAACACGUGAUGAAGAUAUCGCCAGCCUUCGGAAAGAAGUCGAGAAAGGUAUGUUGAUUGAGAUUUGGCUGAAGCCCCAUACAGACGGGCAAGUUUUCUUAACAAGUUGACUUGCUCGUUUGCAUUCCCCUCGACUAAAGGAAUACCAAAUGGUUGUCCGCGCAGGAAUGUUGCGAGACUUUCGGAAAGCGUGCUUUUUUUACCAGCGUUCGUAUACAUGUCAGGAAGAGUCAAAUUCAAGGACUUUUUAAGAACAUUCAAGGCCAUGUAUCAGCAAAUUCAAGGGCUAAAUACUGAAGAGGCGUUAGAAGUCAGUAAAGUGUGACGUUGAAUUUUUCAAAACGGGCGCAACUUUAAUGAAUUUCAAACAGCUUUAUCAGAUAUUAACAUGCAAAAUCAAUUCAACAAAAUGUCUGUUUUGAAUGUCAAACAAUUUCAAAAAAUAUCCAUAAACUAAAGCAAGAAGAAUUUAAGGACUCUCAUGUUUACUUCUUUACAAAUUCAAGGAUAUUCAAGGCCUUGAAUUUUUGUUUUCAAAUUCAACUAGGACAUUCGAGGAUUUUCAAGUUUUGUACAAACCCUGUUUUAUCGAUACAAUAUACAAAUCAAUCAGAGUCGCUAUCUUGAUCAUUUCCCGAUUUGCCAGGAGGCAAAUGCCGUCUCCAAAGAAAGUACAUGUGCAGACAACACGAAACUUUAGACUGCAGAAAAUUGCACAUGAAGCAGUUAUCAAACUCAUAUCACAGAAGUGGUAACGGACAUGUUUGACAACGGAAUGAUAUCUUUUUGUAACGUUUUUGGCCAGGUGCAUGGGCAUUUAUGUUUUAACUGAUAUUUGAGGUUGGGUUCGAAAUUAUCCUUGCAUUUUUCAGGUACGGUUGUAUCUCUAUCAAUCGCAGGCCUAGAAAAUAUAUCUCUCUUCCUGGUAGCAAAAUAAAAAAAUCUAGAUUUCCUACGUAAGUCAAAUAUAAAACUUCCUCCAUAUAUGUAGAUUUCCGAGAACAUGUGAUGUCGCACAUUUGUCAGAUAAACGUCAAAUCUCGAUACAAGACAAUCUGAACUUCCAAAACGCUUUUGGAAUUUUUAAACAGUAUAUGAAUAAUCAUGUUUCGCUCGCUACUCUGGUUUAAAUGAUUACAAAGCCCAGUCGAAUUGUAAUCAAGACCCAACGUUUCGACACUCCAGUCUAGUUUCUUCAUCUGGGGUGAUCUAAAAUUGCAAUAGUUUAGGGCUCGUUCAGACUGAGUGCCCGGCACUGGUGCCCAAUGUUCAAAAUGGUUCACAAAACAUGUUGAGCACAGUGCCGUUGUUGAGUACUACCUCUAGAGGUAGUGCCCGUUCUUGGGCACUGUGCCCAAUUUCAUUUGAAAGCGUCGUGUUCAAACUGAGAGCCAAAACAAGUGCCGGGCACCAGUGCCGGGCACCCAGUCUGGACGCAGCCUUAAAUACCCAGGGGAUGACGUCACCUGCCAAUGAGAUGCAUAUAUUCCUCUGGCAAAUAGGCCCCGUCAUCCCUAUUCAAAGCAUGAUUACUAAGAAGGUGGCUUCUUGCAAUUUUAGAUCACCCCUGAUGAAGACACUAGACUGGAGUGUCGAAAGUUUCGACUCGAAACGUUGGGUCUUGAAUACAAUUCGACUGGGCUUUGUAAUCAUUUAUUUAAACCAGAGUAGCGCGAGCGAAACAUGAUUGAUAUACCUGGUUGCAGUGAACGAACAAACUUUAAGUAUAUGAAUAAAUUUUAUGGCAUUCAAGUAUAUAAAAUGACUGACAAAAAAUAUUUCCGGGCCGUUUUUGAGACCGAGACAAAAUAUUUUUCUAUCCGGACCGACCUAAACGGUAAAUAACGUAUUUAUUUUUUUGUCGAAGACUCAGAGGCAAAUGGCAACGGUUUUACUAGAUUGCGCAUAUGGAAAACAAAACAAUAAAAAAAUUUUGAUAUUUAAUUAUUUUACUUUAGAAAACAAACAACUCAAUUAAAAUACAGUACAAUUAUUUUAUCCAUCAUUAAAAUUAUUUCAAAAUUAUAUAUUCAUAUUAAAAUUAUAUUCACAUAUUCAUAUACAAAAAUUUUUGCUUUGCUUCGGCCAUUACGUAUAGGAUUCCGGACCGUGGUCAAAUAUCGUAAAAUUCCGCCGGCUGCUGCAGCCAAUCAGAUUGCAGAAAACGCUAGGAUUCCGCCCGCUGCUGAUUUACAAAAAGAAAAAACAUUUGUUAAGAAUUUCCUGGCAGCGGUGCUGCUGGUGCUGCCGCAAAUACUCCAGCACUGAUCAAUCGGCAGACUUCUUUCACCAAAAUCCGGCCUUCUUAUAAAGAGCAUUAUUUUCAGUAACUCCUGAUGUCAUUCCGUAUAGGUCGUGAACAAAUACACAAAGAACAACUAAAAUGGCAAAGAAAGUGCGCAGUUGUAGAUGGACGAGGACGAGAAAUCCAAGAACUGAAGAAGAAACUACUGGAUUCCGAGAAAACGGUCGACGAGCUCUCGGAACGAAUCAAGGAAUUCGAAUCGCCAUGUAGCGAAUCCGAUGACAUUGUCGCCUGCUGCUCUUCGAUGAAAGAACUUUUGGAGCUAAAAAUGGAAUUGGUCGAAAAAGAUGAAAUUAUUAAAGAAAUACAGAAGAAUAAUCCCGAAGAUGUUUUGGAAAACGCCAUGGUCUCUGCGCAAGGCUGGAAAGCGAAGGAGAAAAGGGAGAAGGCUGCAGAAUCUGACCAACAUAAUCAAUUGAAGUUGAAGUUUUUGAGAGAUGCAUUCUUUUAUUUCAUGAUUGAUUUUCAUAGCGAAGAACAGAUUAAAGCAAUACUAGCAGUCUUGUCAUACGGGGAUCAGAGAGAAGACGUGAUACAUCAAGCAUAUCGUAUGAGACAGCGAGGUAAAAAGUUUGCGGUGAAGGAAGUCUCGUCCAGGGGACUUGCAUUUCUACACGAGGAAAGUUAA